AUGACGGAAAAGGUUCAACACUAUGGGUAUUCGGUGAUGCAAGUCAGCUGGCAAUAUCCUGCUGCAGCUACGUUACUCACCCACCCAGCAAUCAAACAAAGGGCUUAUUGUGCGCAAAAACACGGCUCGCUCCAAAAGAAAGACUCCGCAGCAAUAGCAUUAGCCUGGACACAAACCUCAAGAAGGCUUCCUCUUUUCGUAGCUAAUCAGGUGGACAGAAUCAAAAAGCUUCACCAUUCUAUCCAAGAACUCGGAAUAUCAUUACAAUUGAGCUACAUUGAGUCCGAAAAUAAUCCCGCUGAUAUCGCGACUCGGCCUGUAGCUAAAGGACAGUUCAAGGCUAGCGAAUGGCUCUCAGGUCCUCAAUGGUUUAAAUUACAACCAAGUGAUUGGCCAAUUGACUCAUCAUGGGAGCCGAAUUCGAGCGACCAAAUCAGCGCUGCGACAACAUGCGCACCCACGGUCAAAGCACCACCACACCGAACUCACGCCAUUAUACCUUCGCGCUUCGAGUUAUCACGACUUGUACACAUGGCGCGCGCAAUAAGGCUUGUAUGCGAGAUUGCGAAUCAACGGCCGAAACACAGAACCACCCGCCGCUCCGCUGUACAACGCUCCUCCAGACAAUAA